AUCGAUCUUGUGUGGAUUCACUAUGAGGUGUCUCUCAAAACUUCUGGUUCCAAUUGGGAUUGAAGUUAUAAAGAUAGUUGUUUAUGCUUAUGAGUAUCUAACAUGGCCACUGUACUACUUAUUCAGCAAAACGUUGAGAUAUAUGCCGCUGCCCAACUCUCCUGUUGACAGCGACUGGACAUAUAAUGAAGAAGAAAGUCGGACUUUGGCACUUCCUGUACGUGAAGGUGAUCCCGGUUCGCCAUGGAGAGCAGUUGAAGCCCUCGAUGGUCUGACGAGUUCACUUCCUGGAUGUAAAGAUUUGGUUGAUGUUUGGCUCCGCACAGUUAAGCUGUGGCCUGAUUUGCCUGCGUUUGGAACAAGAGCUGUCCUACGCACGGACUACCGAGUGAGUUUCAUACAGGACGUUUCGACCACACUAUUUAAGUAACUUCUCCAGAUGAAGCCCAUAUGAGUGUUGAUAUACGUAGUGGACGGUUUUUGUUUACAUGAUUCUUUGGUCGGUUAUUCAGUCGAAGUAACUGAAAAAAACUCCUACUGGAACAAGUUUCGAAUUGCUGGAUGAUGGAUUAUACUAGUAAUUUCAGACUACCAACGCCAAGAAUACCAAGUGUCAUCAGAACGGAAGACAUAACUGCGUAACUUGUCACUCGAUAAACUGGUUUGUUACAUUAUUAUCCACUAAAGUUGGUUCCGGAGACAGUAUGAUCUGUUAAUUCUAAGUAACAUUUGUAAAGGCCGAAAAUAGUUCGGAUGGGAUAUUGAAGUAUGGACACAUUCACUGUGUGUCCCCGACGAUUUUGAGUUACAGCAUUAUUUGAUACGUUUUAUACUACUAUUUCAUUCCCUUUAGGACCCUACCAUCCAUUUUUAGACUACCAUUAUUUGUACUAUGGCUUACAAUUCUUUCCUAUUCGAGUUUUACCUUCAUUUUGCCAUGUUGAAGUUGUGUGGGGGAUCAGAUUACCAGCCUGCUAUUAACGUUACCCGUGAAAGUUCCCAGCGACUUGAUCACUCAGAAUCAGUCACUCAUCAGUGUACAGGUCUUCACCAGUCACACCUCGCUAAACUUUAUGUGUUUGGUGAAAUUGAACAGCAAGAUCCACAUUAUUCUCACCGUUCCAAGCUAGUUUUAUAUUUUUCUGUCUAAUUAAAUUGUUUAUGGAAUGUCCCCACAUAUUCAGUGAAAUAACAGUUUACAUCUGUUGACGAAUAUCUUGAUAUGAACCUUCUCAAGUACGUGCCACGAACGUUUGUCUGAUUAUACCUUUCAUUGGUUUAAAAGCUGGAUGUUCUAUGUGUACUUCCAGUCAUCCAUGGUUGUAUAAGUGAAAUAAAAUGCUUGGUACUCGCUAGAAUUGUAUAUUCCAUCUAAGGAAAGGUCAUGAAGUGAUAUUAUUGCGAAACUAUCAUCUCGUUCCCAUAUUAAUGUAAACCAAGCAAUUCAUAUGGUGUUCAGGAAAUAUGGAUUCCUUAAACGCUUCUGUUUCAAGUAAUUCUCACUUCUAAGUCUUAGUGUGUUUUCGUUUUUUGGUGAGUAUAGUGGUAAGUAGGUACUUCCCCAUAAGAAAUGAUUCAUGUAUUGUGUUUAUUAUAUAUUCUAAUUUCGUAUGAUUUUGUUCUACACUAGCUGAGUCCUGACGGACGACAAAUGAUUGAGCUCACUUUGGGUGAGUACUCUUGGGAGACAUUUUGGGACGCUGAACGUCGAGUAUCUCAUCUAGCAGCUGGUUUGUAUUCAAUGUUGGGGUCCGUUAAGGAACAUAAUCAGCCCAUUGCCCUAUUUAGUGAAACAAGAGCUGAGUGGAUGUUUGCUGCUCAGGCCUGCUUUCGUCUCAACCGACCUGUUGCUACUUUGUACGCUACUCUCGGUGACGAUGCAUUGGUACAUGGAUUUAAUGAAACUGAAGCUGUGGUCGUGUUCACAAGCGAUGAGCUCUUAUCAAAAGUAAUUAAAAUUGUUCAACGAUGUCCUUCAAUUCAACGUAUUAUCUACUUCACAAAUGGAGUUUUUAAUCGAGAACUUUAUACAGAAGUUGACAACCUCGCUGUUCCUUCUGAAAGUGCUACCGCUAGUGUUGCAGAAGCUCUGACAAAAUGUCCGUCAAAUUUACAUCUACACAAUAUAGUCGAAGUCGAACGUUUGGGAGCUGCAGUAAUCAUGAAAGAUAGAGAAAAGCGAAAAAUGGGUGGUACCACACCAAUUACAGGAAAUAAUAAUCACUCAUCGAACGGUUAUGAGGGUUUAUGGAUGCCUCCUGCAUCAGAACGUGCCAGUCCCUCGGAUUUAGCUGUGAUUAUGUACACAAGUGGAUCAACAGGUCAGCCUAAAGGCGUUGAAAUGACCCAUGAAAACUUAGUAAGUGCCAUAGCUGGUCAUCUACAACGUUUACCGAAACUUCGUAGUAAUUACGACAUAUAUGUCGGAUAUCUACCACUAGCUCAUGUUUUAGAGCUUACCUGUGAAUUAUCCUGUGUCAUUAUGGGUGUACGAAUUGGUUACUCGAAUCCACAGACAUUAACAGACACUUCAUCCCGUAUUAAACGAGAUCACUGCUUGGGUGAUGUCAGUCUUCUUCGACCAACUCUUUUUGCCAGUGUGCCUACUGUAUUAGAACGUAUUUCUAAGGCUGUUUGGGAAAAAGUAAACGCUGGCGGUGAAUUUCUUCAAGCUCUCUUCAAAUUUGCAUAUGCCUACAAAUGUCGACGAAUUCACGGUGGUUUUCCAAGUUUCCUUGUGGAUCGAUUGGUUUUCCGUAAGGUUAGAUCGCUCAUGGGUGGGCGAAUUCGUUAUAUUGUUUGUGGUGGCGCACCGUUAUCAGAGGAUUCACAAUUAUUCACAAAUAUAUGCAUCGCACCUAUUAUACAAGGUUAUGGGCUUACUGAGUCAUGUUCUACUGGCACUUUGAUGGAAUGUGGGGAUCUGCGAUGUAAUCAUUCUGGAGCACCUGCUUCUACUCUACAAAUUCGUCUAAGAGCAUGGCCUGAAGGUGGGUAUUCUCCCUAUGAUACACCGUCUCCACGUGGGGAGAUUCUUUUAUCUGGUAAACCGGUUUCUCGAGGCUAUUACAAACAGCCUGAAUUGACAGCUAGAGAUUUCAUAACCGAUCAAGACGGCACACGUUGGUUUUGCACUGGGGAUAUUGGUCUGAUGCAUACAGAUGGAAGUCUAUCAAUUAUUGACCGUAAAAAAGAUCUUGUUAAACUACAAGCUGGGGAAUAUGUUUCCCUUAGCAAAGUUGAAAUGGCUCUUGGUCAAUCAGUCUAUGUUGAACAAAUUUGUGUUUAUGUCGACCCGAUGCAAAAUUAUCCAAUCUGUUUUGUGUCGCCAAAAUUAAAAUCGCUUACUGACUUAGCAGAAUCUUUGAACUUAGUUCACUUACUUCAUGAAGCUCGUUCAAAGCUUCCUAUAGAAUCAAUGAAAGAUCCCAUUGCUAUCGAACAUGUAGAACGGGCUGUUCUCUGUAAACAUCCUCAAAUUAUACAAGCUGUAUUAAAAGAUUUACAACGAGUUGCUAGAGAAAAACGUUUAAGUACAUUUGAAAUACCACAAAAAGUUGCUUUAGAUACUAUAGCUUGGACACCAGACACUGGUCUUGUAACGGAUGCAUUAAAAUUAAAACGUUUCAACUUACAAACUCGUUUUCAACAUGAAAUUGAAGAACUUUAUCAGAAGGAUACACGAGCGUAAUUAUUAAAUUAAUAAUAAAUAUCCUUCACCAAAUGAAAUAUUGAAAUGUAUGCAGUACAUUCCGUCUUCAUCAUUAGUAUUUAAUAUAUAUGUGAAUGGGUAUAAUAUCAACAGCUUAUUUGUAUUAAACCUUUGAAAUAGACUCAAACAGUUAUCAAUUAAAUCAUAUAAACCAACAAUAUAUAUAUAUAUAUAUAUAUAUAUAUAUAUAUAUAUAUAUAAUCGAUUCAUUUAUCUUUAGUUUUACCAGUCAGUUGUAUACAAGUCAUUGAACAUAUUCAUUAUGGUCGUCAAAAAACGUUGUAUGCAUAUGAUAUAUACAUACAUGAUAAAUGGUACUUGAAUGGUUUGCGUUUUUCUUCUCUGUCUUCAUAUCAACCACAUUCGUUUGUGACUUCCUUAAAUUUCUCUGUAGUAUACUUCUCUCGCUCAUUCUGAUUUGUCAGCUUUCGUAGAGUUGUAUCUGUCAUCAAUUCAUAUGUCUUCUUCCUGUUUAUCUUGGUAACAGUAGUAAUAUUAAUACCAAUGAUAAUUAUCGUACCAUUGACGAUCAAACUAGUGUAUUUAAAAUGGUUAUCUCCAAAGGUACACGUCUUUUUCAUUCUGUUUUGUUGGAUCUUUAUUUUCACUCGUUAAUAUGAUUAAUACUAUACAUGUUUCAUAUAUAUUAUUUACUUGCUUUUAUUCUGUUUCUUGUCUAAAUAUUUGCCGUCUCAUCUAUUGAUUUUUUCUUUGUAGUUUAAUGUAUUUCUAUUUGUCUUGAAGACAUUUGUGUAUGUUUUAUAAUCUUAGUUCGAUGUUCAAUUAUUUUAUUGUUUUUUUUGGUAUUAAAUGUAACAAAUGGUGUAACUCAUUCAUCUCAUAAGUUUAUUAUUGACACUUCGUUAUCAAUUUAAUUUAUUUGAUUAUUUGAUCUAGUUUAUGUGUAUCUGCAUCUAUAUUUACAAACAUCUAAGAAAGAUUAUGGAAAAAAAUUAGUAUCUUCAGUACAUUCACCUUAUUUCCACGCAUACACAUUUACUCUUUCAUUCAUUUUUCACCAAUCUUUGGAAAAUACACAUCGUUGCUUUAUAUACAGGCAACAUUAGUUGAUAACGAGUCUUUGUGUCUGUAUUGAUUUCACUUACUAUUUACUUCAUCCUUUUUGUAAAUUUUCAUAAUUGUUUCCUAUAAAGUAAAAAUUAUUCGCGGAAUGUUUUUCUUAGCAUUCCCCUCCUU